AUGACAAGAACGACAGAAUCAAACUUAUGUUCAGCCUAUAAUAAACCUUCUGUGAGAAUACAAAAUGGUGUCACUGUGGCUGAGGGAAAUGGACGAGGAAAUCGUUCUGAUCAGUUGUAUUGUCCAGCAGGUGUGAUUAUUGACAACGAAAAAGAUAGUCUUAUUAUUUGUGAUUAUGUUAAUGACAGAGUUGUUCGAUGGUCUCCGCAAAACGGUGAAAGUGGAGAAACGAUCAUUUCAAAUGUUCGAUGCUGGGGAUUGACUAUGGAUGAUGAGAGAAAUCUUUAUAUAGUUGAUUUUCGCGCUCAUGAUGUUAGACGGUAUCGAAUGGGAGAAAAUCAAGGAACAGUCGUUGCAGGUGGAAACGGUCAGGGAAAUCGUCUUGAUCAAUUGAAUAAUCCUAGACGUAAUAUUCGUCGAUCGAGAUCAGUCAGUAUACGUAUCAGUAAUGCGUUGGUCUCAAGGAGCUCAGCAGAGAAACAUUAUCAUUGA